UGAAAGGUCACACCGGAUAUGGAUGUUUGCACGGAUGUUAACUUUUUGAACGAGUCAGCGUCUCUUCACAAGCUGGCCAGUGGUCAAAUUCGGGCUCUUAACACGUAUUACAUGCAAAAUGGCAGAGCAGCAUGCCAAGCCCAAUGUCAGCCAGUGUGCGGCUGCAGAGCUGAUGAAGAAACACUAUAACCUGACUCCCUCAGAAAUGCGCUAUCUGCCCAGCUACGAUGACCAGAACUUCUAUGUUGCGACCGUCGAAGGGGGCCAGUAUGUGCUGAAGAUUACGAAUUCGGAGGACAGCAAGGAUCCCACCCUGUUAGAACUGCAGACUUACGCCAUGGCCUUCAUGCAUGAGAAUGGACUUCCUACCCAAACAGCUCUGAGGACAACCACGGGACAGGUCAUGUUCCUGGAAGACAUGGAUUGUGGCUAUGGCUUCCAGAAGUACUUGGUGCGUCUGUUGACUUAUUUGCCCGGAAUCCCUAUUUCCAAGGUUCCUUUGUCACCACAGCUACUUCAUAAAGUAGGCCAGACGGCAGCCAGGGUUGACAACAUCCUCAAAGAGAUGAAACAUCCUCAACUUUCAGUGCUGCAGAGGGAAGGGUUUAUAUGGAAUAUGUCAAAUAUUCUCCAUCUGGAGAAAUACAUGCACGCCCUGGAUGGAGACCCUCUCCAGGAGGUUGUGAAGUUGGUCCUCCAUCAGUACAAGACCUUCGUAGUCCCAAAAUACCCAAGUUUCCGCAAGUGCCUUAUUCACGGGGACUUAAACGAUCUUAACCUGCUUGUACAAGCUAAUGAGAGUAAUGGCCACAGGAUUUCUGGUAUCAUUGACUUUGGGGACAUGAACAUCAGUUAUUAUGUCCAUGAGCUGGCCAUCACCAUCAUGUACAUGAUGCUGGAGCACCCCGAGCCCCUUGAGGUGGGUGGAGCCAUCCUAGCAGGCUGGGAAAGUGUCUUUCCGCUCAACGAGGCCGAGAAAGAUUGUCUCUUUUGGUUGGUGUUGUCACGCUUCUGCCAGUCGUUGGUGCUGGCUCGUUAUUCUGUGACCCUGCACCCGGAAAACGAGGAGUAUUUAAUGAUUUCAUCGAAGAAAGGAAUCCAGAUUUUACGUCGACUGUCUGAGAUUGGAAAGGAGCAGGUGGAAAACGUUUGGUUCCAGACCGCUAUGCAGUUCAAAGAACAAAAGUAAAGAAGACGAUAAAAGGUUUGGUUCUAAGACAUUUAGGAACAUAAUUCAGGGUGCACCUAGAUAUUGCAGACCGGGAGGUGGGUGGAACAAGUACUGUACAUUAAUUUAACUUAAUUUGACAAUAACUCAUAGAAAUCGAUCAAAUUCGCUUUAGACAGGACCUUUGACGAUGGCCUAUCAAGAGCACCAUCCACUGGUUUGAAGUACUAUACCAGACUCCCAGGGAGGCACAGCAGCUUGAUGAAAAUGAAGGAAGACGUAUUUUUCAAAUGUGCUAACUUUAGUUCUUUGUGAAGGCAAAAUCUGUGAAUUUUUAGUUGAUUGAGACUUUUAUUGAUUGAGACUUUUAUUAGUUUGCACAGUACAGUACAUAUUCCGUACAAUUGAACACUAAAUGGUAACACCCGAAUACGUUUUUCAACUUGUUUAAGUCGGGGUCCACGUUGAUGAUUUCAUGGUAUGAAUAUAAUAAAUAUAUAAUAUCAGCAUAA